UACCAUAAUAUUUUAACUUUGUUGUCAUCCAACAGGCCUCACAAGCAAAUUGUCUUACCUCAAAGAUCUUGGAGUGAAGACGCUGUACAUAAGUUCUUUCUACAAGUCUGGAAAAGAGGACAAUGGCAUGGAUGUGGUUGACCAUAAAGACAUUGACGAAAUCUACGGCACUCUCGAUCAAUUCAAGGCCCUCCGUAAAGAAACUAAAAAUGAGAUGCGCAUCAUCUUGGACUUCAUUCCUAACCAUACAAGCAAGAACCAUACCUGGUUCCAGAUGAGCAGGAAAAAUGAUCCGGAUUACAAAGACUACUAUGUCUGGAUGCCAUGUACACAGACUGACAUGCCUAACAACUGGAUGAGUGUUAAUGGUGGAUCUGCAUGGGAGUAUGAUUCGGAGCGCAGCGAGUGCUACCUGCAUACAUACCUGAAGGAAGAGCCAGACCUCAACCUUGCACACCCAGUUGUGCUGAAGGAAAUGGAUUCAAUUAUGCGGUUUUGGUUCGACUUGGGAGUGGAUGGAUUCAAUAUCAUUGGAGCAGAGUACUUGGAAUCAAAUGGAAGCGAUGCUAAUGCAGAUACUCUCCCUCGUAACCUGCCAGAAUCCAUCUCUCUCAUCAGUAGGUGGAGGUCAAUUGCCGAAAGUUAUGCAACUAAACCAGGAAAAGAAAAGUAAGUCAAGAGUAGAAUC